UGUGGCUGUUCCCGUUGCUCGUCGGCCGCCUCCGGUGCAGACUGCGACUCUCUCGGACGGGUCAACAUCUUAGGAUGUUGCGGGUACUGCUGCUGCUGGUCGGACUCGCGGCGUCGUGUCGGGCAGAGGUUGCUCCACCCACGGUGAACAUCAGUCUGGACGAUGAUCCAGAAGUGCGAUGGAUGCCUCUUGCGAAAGUCUUCGACAUAGACUACGUGAAUAAAGCUGCUGCAGAGGUCAUUGAUUCUACAGUUCCAAAAUGGUUGCAUCAUGCAGUCACACCUAUUGUGAUGGCCCUGGAGAAGUACGUUCCUCAGCCAUAUGCGGGGGAGAUCCGCGGCCUGGCCUCACACUUGGGAGGAACCCUGUCCGAUGUCAUCCUGCUCAACUUUGCCUAUGAAGUGUCUGCAUUUUGCACCAGUAUCAUAGCUCAGGGCAAAAAUGGGCAUGUGUACCACGGCAGGAAUCUCGAUUAUCCGCAUCCUGUUCUGAGGAAUCUCACUGUCAACAUAGUUUUCCUCAAGAAUGGAAAGGUGGCAUACCGUGGAACUUCAUUUGCGGGCUAUGUUGGCUUGUGGACGGGACAGAGUCCUAACAAGUUUACCGUCUCGGGUGACCAGCGAGGAACUGAACACUGGUGGAACUGGUGGAAAAACAUUGUCUCUGCUUUCCUGUUUCGGAGAUCCCCCGUCAGCUGGCUGGUGAGAGAGACCCUAGAGGAAGCCAAAGACUUUCAGGAUGCAGUGAUGCGACUUUCAAAAGUCCCCAUCAUCACUGGGGUGUAUUACAUCGUUGGCGGGGUGCGGGCCGGGGAAGGGGUCGUGAUCACUAGAGAUCGAACGGGCCCUGCUGAUAUCUGGCCUCUGGAUCCUGCGAGUGGAGGAUGGUACAGAGUGGAGACAAACUUUGACCACUGGCUCCCUCCCCCUGCUCAGGAUCAUCGAAGAGAAGCAGCCAACAAAGCUCUAAAUGCUACUGGCCAGGAGCACAUCAAUAUGGAUACACUUUAUCAGGUUUUGUCAGAGUAUCCUGUGUGUAAUGGAGUUACUGUUUACACGACAGUAAUGACCGCAGCAGCCCCUGCGAAGUACAUCUCGCUCGUCAGGCCACAGGGCUGCUACAAGACAGACUGAGCUGCCAGAGAUGGAGGAGUAAAAGACGCACUGAUUUCUUUUUUUUUUUUUUUUUUUUUGCUGCAGAUUAUGAAAUUCAUGACCACGUGGAGAAAUGUCAUUAAAAUAUGCAUUUAACACUAUGAUAGUGCCUUUCAAAAAAACCAUUUGCUGUUAUCAUUUUUUCCAUCUUAUGGAUGUGCAAUUUACAUGCUAACCUUAAUAAAACUUGGCUUUAUUUUAAUCUGUUUUUAUAGCCCUCACUUUCUAAAUAAAAGUCAUCAACUCUCACCUCGGAAAGUCGGCGACAACAAGAUAAGAGGAAGGAGGAGGAGGAGGAGGCCCUGCCAGGGUUGCACAGUUUUUAAUGUCAAAUGCAGUGGAUCAUGUGAUGUAGUCUGUUUGUGUUAUUAUUAUUUUUUUUUUAUAGAGAGCUUUAUUUCUAGCUUUUCAUACAGUUCAGGGGUUCUCAGUGAGCCAGUAUAUGAUUGAGGAUUACACAGAAGAAAACAACGCACAC